CAUGUUUGCAGAAAUCUGGAUUGAAAUAAGGAUUAAAAACCAGAAAUAUGACCAUCUGUUCAUUCGUCCAUAAAACUGAACCGAUGAUUAUUUGUAAACUUUAGAUAUAAAUGCCGGUAUAGUAUACCUGGUGUAAUAUUUCGUUUGCCAACUUAAAGUACCCUAAUUUACUGUUUUAUGGAUAUACGACUUAUUUUACUGUUACAAUGAUAAGUUGUGAAGAAAAAGAUACGUUAUGACAAAUAGCUGACAAUAUUACAAUAUUUAAGCCCAGGAACUAAAUUUUAAAGAUAAGAUUUGAAGACAAUAUGUGCAGUUAGAUAUGAAAAUACUUUGGAGAUUAUAACAAUUUCGAUUAGGGAAGUGUGGAUUCAUUUUCCUUUAAUGUCACGAUAUGUUGACAUUAAAGCGGUGGACUGAGUGAUGUAGAUAUGCAGGAUUGGUGUGCGUUUACAUUCUUUAUUUUAUGUUUGCCACACACAAGAUGUUUGCUACUUUCACCAUGUCAUUCGGAGCAAGAUAAUCCGAAAUAUGCUGUGAACUGUACUGCGAUCAGAUACGAAAGAAAUAACUGCAGCGACUCAUUUCUAUCUGGACAGUAUGGAGACCUUUAUGGACAGGAAGAAUGGCCUACAAAACCAGAUGAUUUGACACUGGAACCCAUACAACUAGAGUAUAAAAAUACAAAUAUAUUUUAUCCUGGAUUUUUGGUAGCGAUUAAACCCCCUCGCUCAGGCAUCCGAGAGGUACAGGGAUUUCAAUUCAACUACGAAGAGUUAAAUAUUAGUACUCAAAAGUGUAUGAUAAUCAUUAUUAAGAAUGCUACUAUGGAUCAUAACCAUAGAGAUAAUAAUUUACGAAUAGUUGUGAAACUGUGGCCAAUGUUUGGUGAGAUGAACUACCUGUUUAGGGCAUGGAGUCUUCCGAAACCUCCUGCGAAUGAAAAUGGUACAAGUCAUGUAAGAUAUGGUAGGACAGGGAAAUAUCAGAUGAGUUUGACAGACGCACAAUCAGACUGGUUAACCACAAUUUCAUAUCACAAUGAUAUAAGGAAAAAAUACAUCAGGAUCUGGUUUGUUAAAGCACCAGUGGAAUAUCGUUUUUUUGAAUACACAGUCAAAUUAGAAAUAAUCAGAUCCGGAGAAGGAACAUCCUUUGAAGACAGAGAUGAAGUAGAACAGAACAAGAUUUCACAGACAAAUUAUACUUUUAUUAACGUGAAACCUGGAAGAUACAGGACUUUGGUUCAGCCAUAUGACGACAAAUUUAACACACUGAAUGAUUGUAAAUGCAAAACCAAGGGAGAGACAUGUAAACAGUGUAUAUCAACUAAAACAGAUGUUAUAAUUGUCCCAGCAGACAUUCCAGCAACAACGACAAUACGACUUACUUCAACAGAGGCUUUACCAGUAUCCGCAGGAAACUCUGAUCAGGCAACAAACAAACAAAUUCUAUCCAGUGUUUUAAGUUUUGUUGCCUUCAUUUUCGUCAUUGUAAUUGUAGUUGUAUGCUACAAACUUUACAGAGAUAGAGUUUUAGGUAACAAAAAAGAUAAAUUUGUUUUACCAAAAGACCACAUUCAAAUGAAAGUUUGUUCCAGAACUAUUGGGAUUAUUACUACAGAUGAUGAUGACAAACAUGACAAAUUGGUCAAUACAUUUGCAACAUUUCUGCGUGAGGCAUGUCAACUCAACAUAUUGUUUCAUCCAUGGACCCCGACGGAGAACAAAGACCAAUGGAUCAGUAAUACUUUACACUCUGCAGAUUAUAUUGUGUUUGUGCUAUCUGAAUCAGCAGUCCACCAGUUUAUGUCAUGGACAGAGGAAGGUUAUCAACAUUGUCGGACCUUUUUUAUGACAGCGCUCAAUGCGGCUUUAAAUCGAUCUAUUCAAAAUCCUCAUUAUUUGAACAAGUUUAUUAUUGUUUCAUUCGAAAAUCCAAAAUAUAUACAAAUUCCACGAGACCUUAAUAGUAUGAAACAAUUUUUGUUAGCAAAGCAGCUUAAAGAUUUUCUCGAUCAUAUACAAGAAGCGCUUCCGUCUGAUCAAAAUCUUGAAAUUAUAAGUGAAUGUUUGAAUGUCAAUUCAGAUAACGCUGUGCGAAAUUAUCAGUGGUUGACCUCUAUUGAUAGUGGUUUCCAUGAUGAAACAACAACGCCAAUAGGGUCAGUAAGAUCAUGUAAGACACUGGAUAGAGAUGCCUUUAUAAAUUCUUCAGACAUAUACUUUAUUCCGCCGAAAUUAACAGAAGAUCAAAGUGGGGAUAUCAAUAUCAGUGACCUACAUGUUGAAAUAAAUGAGUUCAAUGACAAAAAUAUGUAUGGUUCUACUAACAUAAGUCAUUUUUGCAUUGGUAGUGAUUCCCAUGAACAAUUGCAUUAUAAUAAUUUACAACAUUUAACCAGUCAUAGUAAUCCUAUGGUUAAUCAGUACAGUCGUCAUGCAGAUACAAUAGACUAUAAUGCGAAUGAUCCUCGUGGUUAUCUAAAUGACUGUUUUUUUCCGAGUAACAAAUUCAGCGAUGACAAAAAUAUACCAAAUCUCUAUGAAAAGUUUGACAAUUCUGAUGGUAUAAGUGUCUGAAAACUUAAAACUUUGUCGGUUUCCAUUUUCAAUGGAUUGCUUAUGUUUAAAUAUAUCAGAA